AUGGAAGCUAACGUCCAGCUUAUGAGAGUCAUCCAGGAAAUGCGGGCAGAGAUCAACAAGCUAGAGAAAGAGAAUCAAGCCCUCCGGAUGAAACUGACCUCAAGCAGUCAGAGAACCCCGGGCUCAGGGGGCCAUUCGGGAGAUGAAAGGGAAGAGGAAGUCACAGACGUUGGUAACCUAGUAAAAGUGCCUGAACAAUCUCCAGCAACACUUCACAAUGUUAUUUCCACUGAUUCAGAACCAGAUGCGCAACACCAAGACAAUGUCAUGAUUGUUAGACGCUAUUCCACUUCCUCAACAAUCCAUUCAUUUGCUGCAAAUGAUCCCUGGAAAUCUGGGAAAAGACAUCCAAAUAGUAGAAUUCUAGAAGCUCAGGGAAUGGUUAAACCACUGACAUGUUCUUCAAUCAAGAAGCAAGACAAUGAAGAAAAAGCAUUUGCAGAAGAUUCUUUUACCAGCAAGUGUUCCAGCCACAGAGCCUUUCCCGAGUACGUUCUCAGUGGCAGGGAAAAGAUUAAGGCAGUUAGUUUCCUGUUACCCAUGGACAUAGCUUCAUAUUCCAAAAACUCAAGUUCUUUGAAAUGCUCACCAAAUCAGACCACAAAUCAGCUAAAUACCAUUACAGAAUAG